GCGUUCGCCGCGCGGGGUUGCGGGCUGGCGGCCGUCAGUCGUCGGGUGAGCGGGGUGCGACGUAAACGCGGACUCGGACUAUGGCGGAAGGGCUGAUCCUCACUCCCAUAAAAGGGUCGAGUUGAUUGUGGUGCAGAUACGUGUGGUUCCCCCGCGCCCGGCACACAAAAUGCACUAACACUAUGAAACAUGAAAAUGGCUUUCAAAAAGUAAACAUUAUAUAUUGUUAGUUUUGUUGUAUUGUUCGUGGAACAGAGAGAAUACUUAUGUAUACAUUGAGAUAUUGUUGGUAUAUUAGAUUUUAAGCCCUGACUGGUAAAGAUCAUAUCUUCCAAAGAAGCAAAUAUAAAACGCAAAAAUGGCGACGCAACGAUUUUGCUUGAGGUGGAACAACCACCAAUCGAAUAUGCUGUCCGUGUUUGACCAACUGCUACACGCAGAAACGUUCACCGAUGUAACACUAGCUGUGGACGGCCAGUUGCUAAAAGCACAUAAAAUGGUUUUAUCGGCUUGCAGUCCUUACUUCCAAGCCUUGUUUGUCAAUCAUCAAGAGAAACAUCCUAUUGUUAUACUAAAGGAUGUACCCUAUUCAGACAUGAAGAGUUUAUUAGACUUCAUGUACCGAGGAGAGGUGAGCGUUGACCAGGAACGGUUGACGGCUUUCCUGAAAGUCGCUGAAAGUCUGAGGAUAAAAGGCCUUACCGAAGUGAAUGAGGAGAAAUGUGAUAUUCCAGCCCUCACGAACUCUUUGAUACAACAUCAGCAAACGAACACGACCGCUCACACGCCCCCGCCCCAGCUUCAUAGGAUACAUCCGUACAUGCACCAAAAGCGGCCGGCAUCUGGGAUGCCUACUGGUGGAGCACCCCCGAAUUUAUUAAUGCCUUUAUUGGGCAACGCCUUAAUGCAACCGAAAAGGAAAAGAGGUCGACCAAGAAAACUAAGUGGGAGCUCCAGCGAUGCUUUAAACACAGCAGCUAGUCCACCUGGCGAAUUUAUACCGGAGUCCGCAGCACACGCUACUACCAAUAGGCCUGGAGAUCAACUCAUUCGUGGUUCACCGGAGAUGUUAGAAGUAAAGAUGUCCAUGGAUGGCUUCAACAACACUGAGGAUGGCGCAACAUCAGGCGGCGAGGAUGCAGGCGAGGCUUUGUUGAUUGAUGAGGGCGAUGACGCCCAAUCAACCGAAGCCCAUACCGGCAAGGACUCCGAAUCUGCAGGACGUGGCACACCUGAUGACGAAAACAAAGAUAUAAAAUACGAACAAUCUCCAUCUCACGAGGGAAAAAUCCGGAUCAACCCAGCAACACAGGCUUCUACUUCUAACGAAUAUCAAAACGAUUCUCUAAAUAAUAACACGUUACAAGCAGGUGGGAACCAGAUGCAAAGGCCAUCAAUACGGAGGAGAAUAAGAAGAAGGGCUAAUUCAGCAUCGAACGAUCCUGCCGAGCAACUCACCGAAAUGUCUGUCAGGGGGCUCAACCUCUUCAGAUACGCGUCUGUGAACGAAGGCGUGUAUCAGUGCACUGAGUGCGCGAAAGAAAAUAUUCAGAAAACCUUCAAAAAUAAAUAUUCAUUCCAGAGGCAUGCGUUCCUCUACCACGAGGGGCAGCAGAGGAAAGUGUUUCCGUGUCCCGUGUGCUGCAAAGAGUUUUCUAGGCCGGACAAAAUGAAGAAUCACAUGAAGACGACACACGAUUGUUACGUGCCCAAAGAUUGUGUGUACACGCCGAACGCGUUUUUUAUGUUACCGGGGAUGGAGGCUCAAAUCCCCUCAGCGCUGAAGAUAGAGGAGUCAUCCCACCAUCCCGCCAUCGGAGCGGGGUCCUACGGGUCCACUCCCACGCACUCCUCGCCUGACCCCACGCAAGUUUGACUGACUCUUAUGUGACAAAAUCGGUACUAAGUAUUAUUAAUUCCAGAAGAACUCUUAAUAAUAGUGCCUUUUCAAACGCCUAAAGUUUCCUUGUAUGUUAGUUAUAAUAUAGAAUUCUAUAUAAAGAUUCGGAUUUCAUAGUAGUAUUGUUCUAUUUUUGGAGAUAAAUUUUCAUGUAGGUACACUUUUAUACUGUACGUAUUAAAAAUAUUUCCAAUGAUACUGUUAUGCAUUUAAUAUCUAACGUUUGUUACAUGUUUAGAGCUCAUUAUGUUUAUACUGUUUAAAGUAUGGUUGUGCAAAUAAUAGACAAUAAAUAUACAAUAUGUUGAGGCCAGUUACGCAAUAAUUUCAGCGUGUUAAAUUUUAAACACUAUAGAAUUUUUAGAUUUAUAGGGUGCUGUUAAAGUCUGAGAAGUGCCUUCCGCUUGCAAUUCUAUUAGCCUAUAUUAUAGAGAAUUUACAUAAAUUAUUUGGAACAGAUCUUUUUAUUAGAGUUUAAUCUUCUUAGUUAUCAGUUUACCGCAAGACAACAACCAAAGACUGUAUUACAUUUAACUGUCUUCUCAAUCUUAGAAUUCAGAUGAUAUAGCACUACUAUAUUAAUUUCUCAGAGAUAUAUUAAUAUUUUUAAUGGUUAGUUAUCUCCCUGAAAACACUGGGAAAACAAAUUUUUUUACCUUCCUUUCAUACAUUUUUAAACGCAUAAAGGUAAGUUAUAGUGAGCCUAUUAUGAUUUGUACCUAUUUUUCAGAUAGGUAUCUAUUGUUAACAAAAAUAUUAAGUUGUAUAGUUUUGAUAACGUCAGUAAAUAUGUUAACAUAAAUUAAAUAGUGCCAUAGCACAAUAUAACGAGUAUAAUAUGAUGUAUGAUAAACUGUCUCCAACUCUUAUUAUUUCAUUUAGGAUAUAAUUAGUUGAUAUAUAAACGAGUUCUAGAUGAAUCUAGGACCGAAAACGAAAUCAGCAGUUCUUCCAUUGAUAAGGGAAUAAUAAUUGUUAGUGUUAAACAUAACUAAUAUAAGUUUAUGUUUGAAAAUAUUAUUACUAAUCAACCUUUAAUUAAGUUCAUGUUUGGGAAGAGUAUAUAAUUAUAUAAGAGCAAUUUAUAUUUAGUAUUGAAGCAUUAAAUAUAGUUUAUAGUUAUAUCUACUAUUGUAUCUACUUAAAGAUUACUGGUUAAAUUGAGUUUUUGUAUUUUAAAAUUUAGCGCACAAUAGUUAACGUUAAGUUUAAUUAGAUUUUCAUAGAUCACAUUCUUGUAGAUAUAUAAAUGUAUAAUUUUAUGGUGUAUCAUUUGAAUCAGUUUAGAUUUAAUUAGUCACCAAGAAGGUAUUAACAAUUACAGUGUGAUUUUUUAUUUAAGUAGUUACGUCAGAGCCAGUCGAUCGCACAAAGUAUAAUGAAGCAAGUUCAAACUUCUCGCGAACUUAGAUUUUUUUUGUUUUUUAAAUUGAUUAUUCUGAGUCACCGCUCUGCAUCCAUGCGGUAUCCUUGAAGAUCUACCCGUACGGUCUCCAGAGUGGUGAAAUGUUAUUUCUAUGUUUUUUUCUUCUUUUGUAGUAUUUUAUUUUGUGAUAUUAGUGCUAACUAAGUUGGCUAUCAUAUUCAUUGUUGAGUUAUUAUAAUUCUUACUUUUCUUUUUCUAAACACUCUAGCUGCAAGGCAGCAUUUUGGAAUAAAAACUUGUUCGUAUAUUAAAAUCUGCACUAUGAAAGUAUUAAAAGAAGGGUGCAUGGUUAGAUUUUGUGAGAAGUGUUCUUUUUACUUUUUGUUUAUGCCUAAGCCUAAUUCCUACUUGCAAUUUAAACGUACAUAAUAUUUUUUAAGUUUCAAAGGUCAUUAAUAUAAUACACGUGCAAAUUUUUGAGUGUUCAUUUUAUAAGUAACGAUAUGUUUGGUAAAAACUAAGGGAGUAUGCAAAUAAAUAUUUAGAUUAUUCUUUUAAAUGCGAAAAAAGUGCACAAAAUUAUAUAAUAACUGUGCAUUUAACUAAAAUAGAAAGACACGGGUCUUAACGCGACGUUUAUGUCGUGUCUUUCUAUUUUAGUUGAAAUGGAACGGGAAAUUUUAAAAUCUUAAACUGUACGUUUAACUAGAUAGAUUCAUAUAAUUUUAUUUUUUAUUCACGUUACAUCAUUGCACCUUUUUGAAGACUUUUCUUUAUUUAGUAUUUGCAGUAAUCACAAUUGGCGGGGGCACUGCCGUGCCCCCAGAUACUUCAUUUCAUAUACCUACUUAAGGUACUUGUGCAGUUAUUAAUUUUUUUAUUACAGUCAAAAUUUAGUAUGCAACAAUCGCUAGAGGUAUUAUAGCUCUUAAUAACUUUAUUUCAUUUUAAAGUGCAAUUUUUUACGCAAGUGUUGAUUUUUUUCUAUAUUCUAUUGAAUUGAUAGUAUACUGAUACUAAAUAUUACAUAGAUGAAAAUGUAAAGUAAUUCACAUUAACAUUUAUACGAGUAACAUAUUAUUUUAUUUCUGUCACCACUCGAAUUUACUUUUAAAUUAAAAAAAAUAACAUUCUAAGAUACCAAGGUAUCAUUGUCUAAGUAGGUACUUCACUUUCAAAUUAAUUACCUAUUAUACUGUGUUUAUUUUUUUCAGAUUAAAAAUAAGGAUCGUCGGCUUAUUCAGUAAAAUAUAUCGUAAAUAUAUCAAAUGCCAUAUAAAUGAAUUGUUGCGACUUUCCUAUAAUGUUGUAAUGGUAUAAAGUAGGUUAAUAAGACCUUUAGGUAUUUGAUAGUCUUGUAACAAUAUUAACAAAAGUACUACCACAGUUUAACUGAGUUAAUAUAUUAAGGCAUAUUAAACUAUCGUUGAAAACAUCAAAGCUUUAACAUUUAAAUGAUGUGAACGAGACAAGAAAUAUUUUUAUUAGAUACAACUAAAAUUUGAUUAAGUUUUUAUUAUAAAGCAAAAAGAUCUUACCAUCGUCGUAUUGAAUGAAUGUGAAAAAUGUACACUACAA